AUGGAUCAGCUGGAGGACAUGGAGAGGAUACUGUGGACGGAGGUCGAGAUAUCCGCGCGAGUCUCGGAGCUAGCGGCGGAGAUAUCCGAGGACUUGAAGAAGUCCAAGGUCCCCGUCGCCGUCGUCGGAGUCGCCACGGGGUCCUUCAUAUUCCUGGCCGACAUCGCGAGGAGGAUCACAAUCCCAAUCUCCGUGGAUCUCGUACGUGUAGAGUCGUAUGGAUUGGGCACGGAGUCGAGUGGCGCUCCGAGGUUAUCGAGCGACCUCAAGAUCGAUGUUCAGGGAAAGCAUGUGAUUGUGGUAUAAUUCAUCUCAUUCACUCGGCAAAUUACUCUUUCCCCUUUCCUUCUCUCGUCCGACAGGGCAACAGUUCAUCCACAUAUCCGUGGGAAAGGAAAUUCUCGGUGAAAAUGUCUCUCAAUCAUACCAAGUUUUUCUUAAUGUAACUGUGGACUAGAAGAAGACAGUUGGGUAGUGAACUAUACGACUUGUCGGUACCCUAUUAAGUCGUUAUCAUCAUGCCGGAUUCACUGUACAAUGCCGUAAGAUGUUUGCGAUGAAUUUGAAAAUUUUAUUGAUUUUUGGCAGAAAAGUGAUCAAAAUAUGUGUUCUUAGAAUUGCAAUGAAGCGUUUAUCAUGCAGAAAAAUAUUACCCGUCACUGUGUUGAUAGGAAAAGAGUGCUGUCCAUAAUGUUGUGUUCUCCGUCUCUAGAAGACUCUCAUUUGUGUUUUUUUCUUCUAGAGAAUGUCUAGUUUAUGUAAUAUCUAGUGUAAUUGUUCUCUCGUUGUGUAAUCGAUCUGUCAUGGGGAAUUCAGUCAGCGGAACACUUGUUAAAUUAAAAUAACCCCACAGGCGGUAACGAACUUGAUGUCUGAUGCUGGCUUUUUCAUGGUGGAUUAGUUACCCUGUGUAAUUUUUUAAAAUAUUUAAUUAGGAUAUUUUUGGCUCCAGAAAAAGUUGGAGAUCUCAUGGAAACUCCUUGCUGGUGUUACUUUUGGUUCUUGAUAAAAAUGUGGAGGGAAAUGACCACUUAUCCACUGUUGGUGGCCUUUGGUUCGGGAUAAUGAUUCUAAUGUACUUGUGCCAUAUGUAAUACAGUAAACGGAUCAUAUUGAAGAUAAGUCUUAGAGAUGAUUGGAUUUUCCUUUUUUUUUAAUGUCUGAUGCGUGGCUAUACCUGAAUGAAUAUCACAGUAACUCCUUGAUUGUGCUAUUUUGGUUUCUUCGUAAAGCCAGGGGUAAGUACUUCUCUAUUGACGGGUCUCUUGGCCCAUUAGCUCAUCUCGGCGAAUAAUUCACACGGUUCGCACACAGGAAUGAGAUCAUAUAGACAAUGUAGUGUGAAAUUCCUACCAGACACUCCGGUUGUCACGCCAUACUAAGGACCUGUUGUGCCAUCAUUUACUGUUGGUGAUUCUUUGUCUAUGAUGAUUGUCUGUGGUUCGAAAGCUGCUUUACUCGAAAUGGAUCAUUUUAUGGGCAGUAAGGACCAUUUUUGCUGUAAAAACAUUGGUAUCUUUCUGAGGUUGUGCCAUUGAUUGGAAGUUCUAACGAAGCUCCUUAAAAGCGCCAUUCUGGAAUAAGAACAAAAAGCCCCUUUUGUCUGUACUCACCAGAGCACCGAAUUUCUUCUGUACAAUUUCUUUGGUUGCCUGGUUGUAUUUGUUUUUAACAUCGGCAGAGUAUUUCCAUGGCGGGGGGGGGUGACUUUUUUUUUUUGGGGCUGUGACUGGUAUGAUAAUAAUCUUCUUUUCCUGUUUCAUUAUUUUUCAAUGAAUCUAGGCCGCCGGUUUGCUUUCAGUGCCUGCCCACAUUCAUCAUCGUCUCUUUCAGGUUGAGGACAUUGUUGACACUGGAAACACUCUUUCAUGCCUCGUCUCCCACAUGAAAUCAAAAGGAGCUUCCUCUGUAUCAGUCUGCACUUUUCUCGACAAACCAACGAGGAGGAAGGUCAACCCUGAACUAUUCGGCGGAGGAACAUUUUACCGGGGAUUUGAGGUUAGAAUCUCUACAGCCUGCAUGCUUCAUUGCAGAGUUGAAUUAUCUGUCUUCUUGUCGAUUAACUUCAGUCAGUUAAUCGAUGGAUAAUUCCCUUGUCUGGUGGGGCCACGGUUGACUUGUUGAUCUACGCCAAAUCUUCGUUCUUCUUCUUGGAUUUUAUCCUUUUACGGUCUCCCACCGACGUCUCCUCCACUCGCUCCUGUGAAGUCUUUGACUUGGACUAGAUAUUCCCCCGUACUGAGAUGGAUGGUAACUACAGCGGUUUCGUCGGUUAGGUAGCAGGUCAAGAUAGCAAGUAGAUGAUGGAGAUGUCCGCCGUCAUUUGACUUUUGCGCUGGAAAUGGACCCCAUUUUCCAUCCUACCUUGAAGUCUUUUGUUGUAGCCGGGCCCUGCAAAAAUGGAAGGUUGAGGGAAAUUUUGACUUUCUGCUUCUUUGCGUUGUUGAUGCAGUGCCCGGAUUACUUCGUGGUCGGGUACGGGAUGGACUUCGGGGAGCGGUACAGGAACCUGGCGUACAUCGGUGUGCUGAAGGAGGAGAUAUAUCGAUCAUAG